AUGGCGGGGAAACCGGAAAGAGGCUCGAGACCGUCCGCGGAAGUGAUCGCGGCGAACCCGAACGCCGUCGUCGACGGGAAACUUUGGGUGUGUCAAGGGUGCGGGUACGUGUACGACGGCACGAAAGGCCCGUGGGCGGAAGAGAAGAGGUGUCCUGCGUGCGGUGAACGACGAUUUGCGUUAAAAUCGAGGGAUGAAAUGGCUGUAGCCAUUGGUGGGUUGAUUGUGAGCGUUUUGUUGUUUGGUUUGUUGUUUGUGAUUGUAAAAUUGUAA